CACUUGAAGUUCUAACGGUCCACCGAAAACCGUAAAAAUGGCGAGGUUCCUGUCUUCAGCAGCACUUGCACCUGAGCGAGAGCGAAGAAGAGCACAACCACCGCCACUCUCACUGCAAUUAGCAUCUAUCAGUUGACCACCGGCAAAGUUACCAAUACCCAGCAAAAUCCCUACUGGACAUGGAACUCCGCAAUAUGCUGUCAUGUGGUCUCCAUUCGUCUCCGUCGUUGAUGCUUCUUCUGCUACUGCUGUCGAUGGCCGGCGGCGGCCUCGGAUACGGUUCAAUGGGCCCGGUCUCCGCCGCUUUCGGUGAUGAUGGGUUUUUCUGCGCUAUUGAUGCCAGCGGCAAACAGGAGAUCAUUUGCUGGGCGAAGAAUAGUUCCUUGUCAUCGUCCGCCUCGUCGUCUUUUAGUGGUCUUCCUCCCAUGGCUGCUCUCACAGGGGGAGAAGGUUUCAUGUGUGGCCUUGCAGCGAAUACCUCUCAGCCCUACUGUUGGAACAAUGUCAGCUCAGGUUCGGAUCUCGUUCCUCUUGGUUAUCGAAACAACGCUUACUCUCACAUCGCUGCCGGACAGAAUCACGUCUGUGCCAUUAGAGGUUCUUACUUUUCGAACAUCGACUCGGGCAUCGUCGAUUGCUGGGAAAUCCGUCGACGCCCCAAUAAUACUUUGAUUUCUGUUUACAGUUCUGCAUUUUCGGAUCCAAAUGUGAAUAGUCUUGUUUUCAGGAAGAUUGUUUCAGGGGAGGGUUUUAGUUGUAGCGGUGUUAGAGAAGGAGGCCUUGUCUGUUGGGGACCGAAAUCGUCCAGCAUAGGGGUUUCGGAGACAUCAGACAUCUUCGUGACCCUGGCUUCCGGGAGAGAUUCUCUGUGUGGAAUUUUGGCAGGCUCCGAUGAAGUUAAAUGCUGGGGCAAUUCCAGUUCGUUCAAUAUGCCUCCGGUGGGAACUCGAUUCGUGGCUUUAACUUCCGGUGCUCGCCAUUUCUGUGGAAUUCGGAAAGAUGAUCAUGAGAUUGAGUGUUGGGGCAGUGUCAAUGCGUCGUCGGUUCCUAAAGGUUCGGGGUUUAUGGCGAUCGCCUCGUCUGAUUUCACUACCUGUGGUGUUAGGGAAGCUGAUCUCAUUCUGGACUGCUGGGGGGUUCAGCCCCUUCAGGGGCCGUCACAACCAGAUUAUAGCGCACCAUUGCAGUUAUGCAGUCCGGGACUUUGUACGGUGGGUUCAUGUGGUGAGGGGAAGUUUGCCUUCAAUGCCAGUAUGUUCAAUGUGCCAGAUUUGUCAAGCUUGUGCGUUCGGAAAGAGCUGAAGAUUUGCUCACCUUGCGGGUUGAACUGUUCAGAGGGCUUCUUUCCAUCCAGUGUAUGUACCGAAAAUGCUGAUAGAGUCUGCACGGCUUGUUCGCUUUGCCAGAACAGCUCUUGUUGGGAUGUCUGUGGAUUUACUUCUUCUUCUUCUUCUUCCUCUUCUUCUUCGAGGAAGAAGCACCGUCAACACCAGAUCAUGGUAUUGGUUGUUAUAAUUGGAUCUUCUGUGUCAGGUUUCGCCUUGCUCUUGAUUGGGUGGUGUCUUGUUCCCCGUGUAAUUGCGCCAACUAGAAAAGAAAAACGAGGGGAAAGCCAAUGUACAUCUUGUAUGGGCAAGCCAGAGGUGAAAUCUGACAUCAACACCGAUCCACAACCCCCUCAGAGCAUGGCUACAUGCAUAGGGACAACUCAAGUGUUUCGCCUCUCGGAACUAAAGGAUGCUACUAACGGAUUUAAGGAGUUCAAUGAACUAGGCAGGGGGAGCUAUGGUUUUGUUUACAAAGCGGUGCUCUCGGAUGGUCUGCAAGUAGCAGUCAAGAGGGCCAAUGCUGCCACCAUAAUUCACACCAACAGCCGUGACUUUGAAGCAGAGCUAGAAAUCCUUUGCAAGAUCCGGCAUUGCAAUAUUGUGAACUUGCUAGGAUACUGUGCAGAGAUGGGUGAGAGGCUGCUUGUCUACGAGUAUAUGCUCCACGGGACACUUUAUGAUCAUCUUCAUGGAGGGCUCUCUCCUCUGAACUGGAACCUUAGGUUGAAGAUCUGCAUGCAGGCUGCAAGGGGGCUUGAGUAUCUUCACAAAGAUGCCGUACCUCCAAUUGUACAUCGAGAUGUUAAGAGCUCAAACAUUCUCUUAGAUGCUGAGUGGGGAGCACGGAUUGCAGACUUUGGGCUUCUUAGCUCAAUUGACAGGGAUUUGAAUGGAGAUUUUAAAACUGAUGUUUACAGCUUUGGCAUAGUACUGCUGGAGAUUCUUAGCGGAAGGAAAGCCUAUGACAAAGAUAAUGUGCCUUCAAGCAUUGUCGACUGGGCGCUGCCCCUUAUUAGAAAGGGCAAGGCUGCUGCUAUCAUUGAUCGGAAUGAAGACCUUCCGAGAAAUGUGGAACCACUGCUUAAGCUUGCUGAUAUUGCAGAACUUGCAAUGAAGGAAGACCCAAGUGAGCGCCCCACCAUGUCUGAUAUGGCUUUGUGGUUGGAGCAAAUUGUAAGGGGUGGAUUGACAUUCUAGUCAUCAAUUUUUUAUCUCUGCUUAGCCGUUGGGGGAGAUAAAAUUGCAUAAACACAGAAUAGCUGCCAUCUGAAUGUGCAUUAUCUCCUUUACUGUACAUUUAGUGUCCGCUUGUUGUAUAUUUCAUUCCUUAAUUUUUCUUCAUUCUUUUCGUUUUCUUUUUCUUAACAAAGUCAAAGAGAUUGCAACUGUUGCGGCAAUAUUUCUGCAUUUUUUUUUAUGAGAGUUCUUAAGGGGAUUUGUGCCCUCUGGAGUAAGCAUUUGGGAUUUGUGA